ACAGUGCUGUUUGCUCCAGCAGACACUAAAGUUCUCCAAUCCUCAGUUCUCUCAGACUAGUUCCUCUGUAUCCACGUCCAGGACUGAAUUCGGUUCUUCUGCACCGCUGACCGGAUCAACAUGGUGGGCAUAUCAGGGCUCUCUAAAGGAGAAAAUGGCUGAAUGACAGGAACAGAGAGAUUCAUCGUAGUAUUUACAGGAAAUCAAACAACCGCUCCACAGGACACGCACGGAGUCGGGUUUAAAACAUUCAAGGGCGGAAACACCUGUCACUUGCUUUCUAGCUGGACUGUGUUGGAGAAAGGGGCGUGUCUUGAGGUCUUCAGAAUGUUCCAGAGGAAGAAGAGGAAGAGGAGGCUGGAGAUCUCCGGUCCCAAGAACUUUGAGCACCGAGUGCACACGUCGUUUGAUCCGCUUCGGGGCUGUUUUGUGGGUCUGCCGCCUCAGUGGCAAAGCCUCAUAGAGACACUGAAGAGACCCAAACCUGUGGUGGAUCCAUCCAACAUCACACAUGUGCAACCCAAACCAAAAAAGAACAUCGUGCGUGGCAGUUUCAUCGGACAUGAGGACUACAUCUCUACUGCGAUCGCUCAGAUGAGUCGAGUCUCUGUAACGAGCUCAAACUCAUUAAGAAGAACUAGCACGUCACUACGGAAACGUGCACAAUCGCUGGGACGUUUGGGACAGUUAGCCGAAGGAGAGACGUACGAAUAUCAGGGACUGAAUGACGCAAAUCAGAAAAACGUACAGACGGUCUCGGACUGGCAUUCAAGAUUCAGUGACGGUGGAAGUCCACGACCUGGUUUUAAAAAGAGUCACACAUUUGACUCGAACGAUGCACGACCGAGGGCGCAAUCAAUCCACGAGGCGUCGUUAUUCACGGGACAGCCACAGCUCAUGCCCCGGGACAUUUUACUCUUGCCUAGGACUGUUCGUGAGGGAUCCAAGAUUUCUCAAGCAGACUGUAAACACAACGAAAGACCCGCUUCCUGUCUCUACAGUACCUACAGCGUAACCGACGGAGCAAACGUCAAGCCGAGGAUCAGCUCGGAACAACCGCAGGUGGAAACGCCAAGAAGACCGCACUCCACGUACAGCACAAAGGUAAAUUCACCUAGCUACCCAGCCAUUUCCAAACCCAACGGCACUAGCAGUCCAAAACCAGGACCCAUUACCCACCCAACACCACGUAGUUCCUCCAACGACACCAUAGACAUUUCGCCAUUCAAAACCUCAGGAUCUCCAGGCUCGGUACCACCAACACAGGUCAGUCCAUCCCAACCGAGACCCUCACCAACGGGUUCACCCAACACGACACCAACAGGUGCCUCUUCACCCUGUCUCAGACCGGCCCAAACCCCUGCCAGCAUCACAGAGUCACCCAAAGUGACCCACACGCAGUUCAAAACCGCCCUGCAGAUGGUUGUGGACAAAGGUGACCCUCGCAGUUAUUUGGAGAACUUUGUGAAGAUCGGAGAAGGCUCGACGGGUGUGGUUUGCAUCGCCCACGAGAAGCACAGCGGACGGCAGGUUGCCGUGAAGAUGAUGGACCUGAGGAAGCAGCAAAGACGAGAACUGCUCUUCAAUGAAGUGGUUAUCAUGCGAGACUACAGACAUAAGAAUGUGGUAGAGAUGUAUAAGAGUGCUCUGGUGGGUGAAGAGCUGUGGGUCAUCAUGGAAUACCUGCAGGGCGGCGCUCUAACCAACAUCGUUUCAGAAACCAGGAUAACGGAGGAACAGAUCGCAACAGUGUGUGAAGCUGUACUGCAGGCGUUGUGUUAUCUACACGCACAGGGAGUCAUUCACAGAGACAUCAAGAGCGACUCUAUACUGCUGACACUAGACGGACGGGUGAAGCUGUCAGAUUUUGGAUUCUGUGCUCAGAUCAGUAAAGACAUCCCAAAGAGGAAGUCAUUAGUUGGAACUCCGUAUUGGAUGGCACCCGAGGUGGUUUCAAAGACGCCCUACGGCACUCAGGUGGACGUUUGGUCUCUGGGCAUCAUGGUGGUGGAGAUGGUGGAUGGAGAACCUCCGUAUUUCAACGAGACGCCGAUAGCUGCCAUGAAGAGACUCCGAGACGAGUCUGCGCCGACUGCCAGGAACAUAAACAAGAUCUCUCCUGUUCUGCGGGACUUCCUGGACUCCAUGUUGACCCGUGAUCCUCUGAUGAGAGCGAGUGCCAGUGAUCUUCUCCGGCAUCCAUUCCUGCUGCAGAGCGCUUCUCCUCGCUGUCUGGUCCCUCUAGUGGAACAGUACCGCAAACGCAUGUCCCGCUGCUGAACAGCACCAACGAUGCUCUGAUGCUGCAUGUUUAUGACUGUCGAAUGUCUCUGCUGAUUACUGAUCUGAUCAGUUUUUAUCUGAUUCCACUGAAACAAUGAACUGUUGACAUCAUCUCUGUAAGGGAGAACCACUAUUAUAUAUAUACACACACACACACACACACACUCUCACACACACACACACACACACACACUCUCACACACACACACACACACACACACACACACACACACACACUCUCACACACACUCACACACACACACUCUCACACACACACUCACACACACACACUCUCACACACACACUCACACACACACACACACACUCUCACACACACUCACACACACACUCACACUCAGACACACACACACACACAUACACACUCACACACACACACACACACACACACACAUGUUGUGUUUCCAUGUUUUAUGGGGACUUUCCAUAGACAUAAUGGUUUUUAUACUGUACAAACUUUAUAUUCUAUCCCCUA